GCUCGGGGCUGCCUGUGGAGAGGCGGCGGGCAGGACGCGCGCGGCCGGGCCACCACCACGGCCACGGCUGGCGGCUCGGGUCCCGGGCAGGGGAAGGCGAACGGCGGCGGGCUUAGCCGCCGGAACCCAGGGAGGAUUUUGGCGUCGCGGGCGCGCCCUCCGCUCCCUCCACCGCAGCGCCAGACGCCGAGUGGGGCCGGGGGCCGAGGAGGAGGACCCCGAACCCUGUCCCCGCGCCCCGGGAGCCGCCGGAGUUCGGACUUCUGCAACUGUUGGCACUUUGGGGGCUUGGCUCAGUGUUGUGCGGUUCACCCUUCCCUCCUCGCUGCCUGGAAACCCACGCUCCCGUCCCCUCUGCCCUCGGGUGCCCACCCACCCGCCGGGGAGGGCCCGGCGUGCACUCGGCACCAUGAGGAGGCUCGGGACUUGCCUGGCGACUUUGGCCGGACUUUUGCUAACUGCGGCAGGCGAGACGUUUUCAGGUGGCUGCCUUUUUGAUGAGCCAUACAGCACAUGUGGAUAUAGUCAAGCUGAAGGUGAUGACUUCAACUGGGAGCAGGUGAACACCUUGACCAGCCCGACUUCAGAUCCUUGGAUGCCAUCAGGUUCGUUUAUGCUGGUAAAUGCAUCGGGGAGACCUGAGGGGCAGAGAGCCCACCUCCUGUUACCCCAACUUAAAGAAAAUGACACACACUGCAUCGAUUUUCACUAUUUUGUAUCCAGCAGGAGUAAUUCUGCUCCUGGGUUACUCAAUGUCUACGUGAGGGUCAAUAAUGGGCCUUUGGGGAAUCCUAUCUGGAAUAUCUCUGGAGAUCCUACACGUACAUGGAACUGGGCAGAACUGGCCAUCAGUACCUUCUGGCCUAACUUUUAUCAGGUGAUUUUUGAAGUGAUAACUUCUGGACACCAAGGCUACCUCGCUAUAGAUGAAGUGAAGGUGUUAGGACAUCCAUGUACCAGAACCCCCCACUUCCUGCGGAUUCAGAAUGUGGAAGUCAAUGCCGGCCAGUUUGCCACUUUCCAGUGCAGUGCCAUCGGCAGGACCGUGGCAGGAGACAGGCUCUGGUUACAGGGCAUUGAUGUACGAGAUGCUCCUCUGAAGGAAAUCAGGGUGACCAGCUCCCGAAGGUUCAUAGCUUCCUUCAAUGUCGUCAACACAACAAAACGCGAUGCUGGAAAGUACCGCUGCGUGAUUCGCACAGAAGGAGGCGUCGGAAUAUCAAACUAUGCAGAGUUGGUAGUUAAAGAGCCCCCUGUUCCCAUUGCCCCGCCUCAGCUUGCUUCCGUGGGCGCGACCUACCUGUGGAUACAGCUCAAUGCCAACUCUAUCAAUGGGGACGGACCUAUUGUCGCCCGGGAGGUAGAGUACUGCACAGCCAGUGGGAGCUGGAAUGACAGGCAGCCAGUGGAUUCCACGAGUUACAAAAUCGGACACCUCGACCCAGACACUGAAUACGAGAUCAGCGUGCUCCUCACCAGACCUGGGGAGGGCGGCACUGGGUCUCCCGGGCCAGCUCUCAGGACAAGAACAAAGUGUGCCGAUCCCAUGCGCGGCCCAAGGAAACUGGAAGUCGUGGAAGUCAAAGCUCGACAAAUCACCAUCCGCUGGGAGCCAUUUGGCUACAAUGUAACCCGUUGCCAUAGUUAUAAUCUCACUGUGCACUACUGUUACCAAGUUGGAGGACAAGAGCAAGUUCGAGAGGAAGUCAGCUGGGAUACGGACAACUCUCACCCUCAGCACACCAUCACUAACCUGUCACCCUACACCAACGUCAGCGUGAAACUCAUCCUCAUGAAUCCCGAGGGACGCAAGGAAAGUCAGGAAAUCAUGGUGCAGACAGAUGAAGAUCUCCCAGGUGCUGUUCCUACUGAAUCCAUCCAAGGAAGUACCUUUGAAGAGAAGAUAUUUCUUCAGUGGAGAGAACCAACUCAAACAUACGGUGUAAUCACUUUAUAUGAGAUCACCUACAAAGCAGUCAGUUCCUUUGACCCAGAAAUAGAUCUAUCCAAUCAAAGUGGAAGAGUUUCAAAACUGGGAAAUGAAACCCAUUUUCUGUUUUUUGGACUGUAUCCUGGGACCACAUACUCCUUUACCAUCCGAGCGAGCACAGCUAAAGGUUUUGGGCCUCCAGCAACAAACCAGUUCACCACCAGAAUAUCAGCACCCUCUAUGCCAGCAUAUGAACUUGAGACACCUUUGAACCAAACUGACAAUACAGUGACAGUCAUGCUGAAACCAGCACAGAGCAGAGGUGCACCUGUCAGUGUCUAUCAAAUAGUUGUUGAGGAAGAACGUCCUCGGAGAACUAAAAAGACAACAGAAAUCUUAAAGUGCUACCCAGUACCAAUCCACUUCCAGAAUGCUUCAAUCCUGAACUCACAGUACUACUUUGCUGCAGAGUUUCCGGCGGACAGCCUCCAAGCUGCCCAGCCUUUCACUAUUGGUGAUAAUAAGACAUACAGUGGCUACUGGAACACUCCGCUUCUCCCCCAUAAAAGUUACAGAAUUUAUUUUCAAGCUGCUAGUAGAGCCAAUGGGGAAACCAAAAUAGACUGUGUCCAAGUGGCCACAAAAGCUGCGAUAAUCGUGACUCAGCUUACAACACCUUACAUUCGCAUCGCCCCCGCUGCAGGCGACGGCCAACUAACAGGAGCUGCCACUCCAAAACCGGUCCCGGAACCCGAGAAACAGACGGACCAUACAGUUAAAAUUGCUGGAGUCAUUGCGGGCAUCCUGCUAUUCGUUAUUAUAUUUCUUGGAGUUGUGUUGGUAAUGAAGAAAAGGAAACUGGCCAAGAAGCGGAAGGAGACUCUGAGUAGCACCCGGCAGGAGAUGACUGUGAUGGUGAACUCCAUGGACAAGAGCUACGCCGAGCAGGGCACAAACUGCGACGAGGCCUUCUCAUUCAUGGACACACACAAUCUGAAUGGGAGAUCUGUGUCUUCACCAUCAUCCUUUACCAUGAAAACGAAUACGCUGAGCACGUCGGUGCCUAAUUCCUAUUACCCAGACCCAUUUGUGCCAACCGCAAUUUUAGAUGAAACCCAUACAAUGGCCAGUGAUACCAGUAGCCUGGUGCAGUCCCAUACUUACAAGAAGCGUGAGGCAGCUGACGUGCCCUAUCAGACCGGGCAGCUCCACCCCGCCAUCCGCGUGGCAGACCUCCUGCAGCACAUCACACAGAUGAAGUGUGCCGAGGGCUACGGCUUCAAGGAGGAAUAUGAGAGCUUCUUUGAAGGGCAGUCUGCACCAUGGGACUCGGCUAAGAAAGAUGAGAACAGAAUGAAGAACAGAUAUGGGAAUAUCAUCGCAUAUGAUCACUCCCGGGUGAGGCUGCAGACAAUAGAAGGGGACAUUAACUCAGACUAUAUCAAUGGAAAUUAUAUCGAUGGUUAUCAUCGGCCCAAUCAUUACAUUGCUACCCAAGGGCCAAUGCAAGAGACCAUCUAUGACUUCUGGAGGAUGGUGUGGCACGAAAACACUGCCAGCAUCAUCAUGGUGACCAACCUUGUGGAGGUGGGAAGGGUCAAAUGCUGCAAAUACUGGCCAGAUGACACAGAGAUAUAUAAAGACAUUAAAGUCACCCUAAUAGAAACUGAACUACUGGCAGAAUAUGUGAUAAGAACAUUUGCUGUUGAAAAGGGAGGGGCCGGAGGUGAAGCAAACUGCAGUCCAUCCAGAGAAGUGCCACAGAGAGGUGUUCAUGAAAUCCGAGAGAUCAGACAGUUUCACUUCACUGGCUGGCCGGAUCAUGGGGUCCCUUACCAUGCCACUGGCCUGCUGGGAUUUGUCCGGCAGGUCAAAUCCAAGAGCCCGCCCAAUGCAGGCCCGUUGGUGGUGCACUGCAGUGCUGGUGCCGGGAGGACUGGCUGCUUCAUCGUCAUCGAUAUCAUGCUGGACAUGGCUGAGAGGGAAGGGGUGGUAGACAUCUACAACUGCGUCCGGGAGCUGCGGUCCCGGAGGGUGAACAUGGUGCAGACGGAGGAGCAAUAUGUGUUCAUCCAUGAUGCCAUCCUGGAAGCCUGCCUUUGUGGGGACACCUCUGUCCCCGCUUCCCAAGUCAGGUCUCUGUAUUAUGACAUGAACAAACUGGAUCCGCAGACAAAUUCGAGCCAGAUUAAAGAGGAAUUCCGGACCUUGAACAUGGUGACACCAACGCUACGUGUGGAAGACUGCAGCAUCGCGCUUUUGCCCCGGAAUCACGAGAAAAACCGGUGCAUGGACAUCCUGCCCCCAGACCGCUGCCUGCCUUUCCUCAUCACCAUCGAUGGCGAGAGCAGCAACUACAUCAACGCCGCCCUCAUGGACAGCUAUAAACAGCCUUCGGCUUUUAUAGUCACCCAGCAUCCUUUGCCAAACACAGUCAAAGACUUUUGGAGACUGGUCCUGGAUUAUCACUGCACGUCUGUAGUUAUGCUAAACGAUGUGGAUCCUGCCCAGCUGUGUCCACAGUACUGGCCAGAGAAUGGAGUACACAGACAUGGCCCCAUCCAAGUGGAGUUUGUGUCUGCAGAUUUGGAAGAGGACAUCAUCAGUAGGAUAUUCCGCAUUUAUAACGCAGCCAGGCCCCAAGAUGGAUAUCGGAUGGUGCAGCAAUUCCAGUUCCUGGGCUGGCCAAUGUACAGGGACACACCGGUGUCGAAGCGCUCCUUCCUGAAGCUCAUCCGCCAAGUGGACAAGUGGCAGGAGGAAUACAACGGUGGUGAAGGCCGCACCGUGGUGCACUGCUUAAAUGGAGGAGGCCGCAGCGGGACGUUCUGUGCCAUCAGCAUCGUGUGUGAGAUGCUCCGGCACCAGAGAACUGUGGACGUGUUCCACGCCGUAAAGACGCUGAGGAACAACAAGCCCAACAUGGUGGACCUCCUGGAUCAGUACAAGUUCUGCUACGAAGUGGCCCUGGAAUACUUAAAUUCGGGCUGACAGCACCAAGAGUGGCACAGACAAACCCUCUCAUACCACAAAGCCGAGGUAGUCCCUGGUGUUUGUGCAGAAGAGAUGAAGACUUCUCAAUAUGCUUAUUUUGCUUUGCAUAAUCGGCUCUUUUUAAGAGCCCAAGAAAGUAUUUAUAAAGCUGCUUGCACUGCCCAGUUCCCGUGCUGCUGCUGCCUGACCGAGACACGCGCCCGGCUGCCCAGUACUGUCCUCCCCGCUGCCCGUUAGAGCAGCGUAGACAUCUGGCAAAUCCAAGAGCACAAUUAUAUUCUUAUGAAGGAAUUUGUACCUUUGGGGUAUUAUUUUGUGGCCCGUGAUCCUUUGUUAUUGUUACAGCCAAGUGUAUGUUUUUGUUCUAUGGAGAAUGCUACCUGGCAUUAUGAUAAUAUAUUAUUUUAGGUAUUUGUAUUUUAACAUGUCGCAUAAUAUAUGCUUCUGUAGCUUUCCAGGACUAACGGAUCAAUGUGUAAUGAACAAAGAUAAGUCAUAUGAGUUACUGUUUCUAUCAGAUUUGUAUCGUUUCCAAAGGAAAAGCUCGGGAGAACUCAUUUCAGAAAUGUAGAACUCAGCGAUGAGAUUCACGGAUCCAAAGCUUUUCCACGUGUUUAUAUUGUAAAUAUUUUUGAUUUCAUCAAAUUAUUUAUUCAUUAAAAAAGAAAUAUUUGUGAA